CUUACACAACAUUGCUAAGGGGAAGGCUUGGUUCAUAGCACCUUGCAAUCAUUUCCUGGCUAUAAGGGACGCAAAAUAGACAACCUAAGUCACAUUUGUUGUCGCAGAUCUGCACAUCUUCACAAGCAGAAAAUCUGAGAGCUGAAAUGGAGGAGGGUGACUAUGUUGAUUUUUUCUCUUUUGACUUUUCUAAUGAAUCUUUCUCUUGUGAGGGCACUGAAAACUGCACCGAUAUAGAGUUCCCCAAUGAAAUACAAAUGUCCGUGAUAGGUCUCAAGCACUGGAUCGCUCUGGUCUGCUACAGCAUUGUGUUCCUGUUGGGCGUUCCUGGGAACGGUCUGGUAGUGUGGGUGACCGCGUUCCGAAUGCCGCACUCCGUGAACGCACAGUGGUUUCUAAAUCUGGCCAUCGCGGAUCUGCUGUGCUGCUUGUCGUUGCCUUUUAUCAUGGUGCCGCUCGCCCAGGACCAACACUGGCCUUUUGGUGAUUUGGCUUGCAAAUUAUUCAAUGGUCUGUUCUACAUGAUGAUGUACUGCAGCGUUCUGCUCCUGGUUGUGAUCAGCUUGGACCGUUUCCUACUGGUGACCAAACCAGUGUGGUGCCAGAACCACAGGCAUCCGAGGCAGGCCCGUUGCGUCUGUUUCGUCAUCUGGAUUCUCGCUCUCCUUGGAGGUUCUCCUCAAUUUGCUCACAUGGAGACAGAUAGAAGAGAGACUAAAAUAUUGUGCGUUAGCAUCUACAGUAGCUUAGGUCACGCAUGGGCCGUAACCCUUACCCGCAGUUUUCUGUCUUUUCUGCUGCCUUUCCUGAUCAUCUGCGCCAGCCAUUGGAAGGUUUACCACAUGAUGAGAUCCGGGCGAGGACAAAGAGGAAGCGACAAGUCGGGCCGGACGCUGCGUGUCAUCCUGGCAUUGGUGCUUAGCUUCUUCCUAUGCUGGUUUCCCAUACAGAUCGUGGAUCUUCUGCUGUUGAUUUUUUACAGAGAGUCAGGAAGAUUUGAAGCCAACCUGCGUCUGGCCCAUGUGCUGACCCUCUGUUUGGCUUACAUUAACAGCUGCCUGAACCCGCUGCUCUAUGUGUGCCUUGGCCGGGGUUUCAAGAAAAAUCUGGUUAGCUCUCUGCGAAGUGUGCUCCACUUCGCAUCCGAGGCACCGACCAAUCGAACCACCAUGACUGCAAACAGUAAGUCAACCACAGACGGCAUGUUCAGAGAGAAGCCCGUAUGAGAUCUUUGCCUGGACAAGUGGAUCCAAAUCCCAGUCUUCAAAUACCGCUCUCCGAAUAAUUUCUAUGUUUCUAUGUCUACAUUUCAAUGUUUUCUUUAUUUUAUAUCACUUAUGAUAAGAAGUGUUUUUGAUAAAAGGUGCAGUAAAGCGAAUUCUGAGUGGAUCAGACUGAGCACUAAAACACACUAUUAGCCAAUCAGCAGUAAGGGCGUGACCACUUAUGAGGGGGGAGGAGCCUGUGUUGCAUAGAAUGUUCUUGAAAUUGGGGGCGGAGCUAUCAAGAUAGGAGUGUGAUCCUUUUAGGUAGGACGUGUUUGUUUUGGUGAUUUCAAAUAUCAACAGCAUUUCUCAGAAAUCGCUUACUGCACCUUUAAGGCCUGGGUGGCAUUCUGUCUAGGGAUUAAAGUCGCAAUGAAACAGAAGUUGCGAUUGUCUUUCCUUUCCUUAUUUUGAGAUAUAUUUGAGUUAAAUGGCUUCUCGAAGGGGUGGGGGAUUUGUUAUUGGUUAAUCUCAUGUGAGAGACAGGUUGUCCCAUCCUCGCGCUAGUAAACACAUCAUCGACACGUAAAGAGAUGCAGCUGCAAGAGGGAGGGGGAGUUAUUAUGAUUCACUGGCACAAGAAUGAAUAUAUAUAUAUUUAAAAUGUACUUGCAUUCAUUAGUAUCAAAACUCAAUAUUUAGCAUGUAACAUAUGAAUAGCCUUUUCACCGACACAACUGAAAUGCUGUGCUCUUUGUUUUAGAUACAAAUGAACUAUUGAAAUAAUUUGUUUAUAAAAGCAGACAAAAACACAUUUACGUUUUUUUCUGCUUUUACAAAGUUGUGGGGUUAAUGUACCACAACGAAAUAAAUGUUAAAAAAUAUCAAAGGUACAACUAUAACACUUAAACUUUGUAUGUGUUUUAUAUAUUUGAAGUUGAACUUGCCAGGCAAGUUGUUUUGUCCUUUGAGGUAGUAAAAUGCCUGCUGCUCAUUAGCUUGACUAACCAUUAGAGGUCAGUAAAGAGAGACUUUGUUAAAGUGUCAUACUAUUGGGUAGUGCUGUGAUUCCCAACCAUCACAUUACAAACAUUUGAGUUUUGUGGCUUUUGGUCUCUGUAUGUUAGCUUUGAGACCACAUAGUGUACGACUAAAAGUUCACUAUUGAACAUUUUUUUUGUCUUCUAGAAAACAUGAAACAAAAUAGAGUGAUGUGUCAUUGCAUUGCACAGAUUUGUGUCCAAUCAGAUGCUUAGAAUGUGAAUGCCCUUCUCACUCAUAUCACCUGAGCUGAGUAAAAAAAAAAAAAAAAAAAGGGUCUGCCCAAACUUUCAAGAGGACAAAAAUUUCAACAGGAAAUAAAUUGCAAAUUCAUGCUCAACAAGGUAGUUUUUACUAAGUAAAGCAUUAUUAUGGUCUCUCAUAAUGGAUAUCAUAAAUUAUAAUACUGUAUAUUAUUAUCCCUCAUAUUAUGCAGUAAAAUAGAAGUUCCAACCACAUAAUGUGUGAUAUUUAGUGACCAUUUGUGUGGGUACAAAUGGGGAAAAAAAAGAAAAUGUAAAAAAAAAAAAGUAAAUGAUUUGAUAAAAGUGAGUCAGAAAGCCUUUGCUACAACAUUUCAGAAGUAAAAUUUUGUCUGGAUAUGGUUUAGCAAUGUUUCUAACUGCACAACAAGGCAGCUAAAUAUAACAGCACACCAUGGCAACUGAGAACAAUACAGAAAGUUGAGCAAUGACCAGAAAUCAUAUGCCUUAUAACCUCUCCUGCUCUCCUGUUGUGUAUUAUAUGAAGUGUAUUACAAUUUUGUUUGAGUUUGUGUCUGUAGCAUAUGCAUUUCACUGAUUAUCAGAAGUCAUUUGUACAUAUAAUCUGCUUUUUGCAUCUUGUUUAACCAUUUCUGUAUAAAUAUUGAAAAUAUGAAAUAAAGAUACAAUUUUAAACACCCA